UAAUGCCGCGUUUUAUCAGUCAUAUGAAUGCAUUGUUCUCAAUCGUUUUCUGCCCGUAAUUUAUGAGCGGCCACUGAACUUAAAUGGCAAAUGGCAGCGCGAGCUUACGAGUUUUACCAGUUUGGGUGCCUCAGUGGGCCAUGGCUUUGCUUUGGGCCGCGAAUCGGAAAAGGUUUUCGAGACUUUUCAUGCGAGUGCGCGGCCAGUGAGCGGGUCAGUCCACGUCCGCCACUGAUCGCAAGAUGACGCUCCCGGAGCUGCCCCUCAAGUGGAUUCUGAUGGCGCUGCUGCUCCUGGGCCUCAGCCUGGCCGAUCCGCAGCAGUUUCUGCUGGCCGAGGAUCUGAUAACGGCUCCGGGCACCGGAACAGGGACAGGAGUGGCAGCCGGAACCGGAAAUGCCGCUGACACCGUGCCCAUUAACGAUCCUUCGGAUCUGAGCGCUGGCCUAAACUUGGCGCCUGUUGGCAGCCUGAUCGCGGCAGCCGCGAACGCCGUGCCCCCGGCCCCCGUUCAAUUUAUUCGCACGGCCAUGAACAGCGGGCUGUGACCGCCAGGUGGCGCUAACCUGGAUUCUUGCCCACCCCAAAAAUAAUUAUCUCUAAUUUUUAAGCGCCUUUUUAAGCACCACUUUUAAUUACUUUGUUAAGCGAUUUUUUGGCGUUUGAUUUUAUUUUUUUUUUGCUCGUAGGUAAGCUUGUUUUGUUUUUGUUUGCUGACUUUAUGUGUGUUUGUGUUGAGCCAAGUGCUAUAAAUGACUUUAUGAUACUCGUUUUAUCUGGUUAUGACUUUUUGGCGCGAUAAAAAUGAGCAAUCUGGGGACCUCAGCCUCAAAAGCGAUUUUUGUUAUCUGCAUCUGCUAUCGGGGAGCUCGCCAUUCUAUAUUUUUUAUUUUUUAAUCUAACUUGGCUUGAGCUUUUCAAAUGGCUGAUAGGGGGGAAACAAAUUAAGAGCGAGGUAGGACUUCAGUACAGUAAGGUACAAGUGGAAAGAAUUCUAAAAAGAGUUAACUACUAUAGAUUUAAAUUUUACUAGUUAUUAAAUUUCCUUCUUUUAGAAACUUUUUCAGCCACAUUUUUGCGUUUUCGACAUGAAGUUGUUUACAAAUCGUUGAAAAAACUUUUAGGCUUUUAUUAUCAUUUAUAGGAAAAUUAAUGAUAAAUUGAUUGUGCCAGUACGUCUUAGUAAUAAUGUACAAAAACCUAUAUGUGCUAUUGGAUGAAAAUAUGCUGACUUCAUCCAGAAUGCGAUAGUGAUCGGGAACAAUAUAGAGUAAUUGCAAGAAUGUAGCUCAACGGAGCUUGCAACCGAGAUGCAGAAGGGGCCAAACCUCUUCCAGAACUGGAUUCUGCUCAUCACGAUGAUAAUGCCAAUACACUCACAGAAAAAGCAAGUAAAUAAAAAAAAAUAUAUACGGAAA